AUGUCAACUGCUUCCGAUAUCUCCGCAUACGCUCACUCUGUUGAGCCAGCUCAAGCUGAAACUCUUUUCUCCAGUAAGAAAUGGACGUACAUCCAAGAUUCGACCUCUAACACCAGUCAGUACUCGGGUCAGAUUCAGUUCAAUCUUUCGACUAUCUCAUCUCAGGCUUCGUUUGUGAAUUGGGAGGAGGCUGUUAUUGAGCUCCCUGUCAAGCUUCAGAUCACGAACGCAUCUGGUGGAUCUAUCACUUCGACCGCCGCUGCUACGUUCGAUCAGUUAGUGCCUAAGGCUGGUUCGUGGCAAUUCCUCGAUUCCGUUCAGGUCGUGAUUGAUGCUACGACCGUACAAACCAAUCAAAUUCAUGAGAAUGUUAUGGCUCAGUUCAAUGCGCUAACUGAGUGGUCUCAGGAUGAUCUCGUCAAUCACGGUGCAACGACUGGUUUCGCUCUCGAUAGAUACGAACCUCAGACGGCUGGUGUUAUUCAAUCUCUUGAUAACGUAACAAGGCCAUAA